CUGUUCUGACACAUUCCAUUUUGAGUACUACAUCCCAAAACGAAUUUGGAAAAACACUGCAUUAUUGUCUUGAGCAGCUUUGGGCUUAUUUCAUGCAACUCUGACCAGAAUAACUCAAGCAAGCAGAAGGUCUCAGAAGAAGAAGUGUCAUCCAAGCUUCUUUUUUAUACGUUUAUGCCGUUGCUGAAGACAUUGCCAAUUAAAAUCACGCUCACAGAGGCUGUGAAAACAGGACUACUCACAGGCAAACCAAAUAAGAAUUGAGGAGUUCCCAAGCAGAAGGCGACUGAGCACACCAUGUCGGACGGAGGGCUUUUCAAGGCAGAGGUGAUCUAUAUCAGUGACGGUGAAAAACGUGGAGCAGGGGACAUGGUCCAACAGGAGACAUAUACUCGGUUGAUAUCUCCUCCUGAUCACACAAACCCACCCCAGACCCCUCCCCCUAUAAAUACCCAGCCAGAAAAUACAGUCCACCAUUUUGUAUCCGGGCCCGCUACUAUGGAAACAGCUGUUAACAAACACCAGGGCAUUUCUCAGCAGCAGUGGCACAACACCCCUGUGGGUGAUGAGGUCAGCUUGGAUCUCUUUUUAAAUAGGGAGUCUGACUCAGAUGAGAGACUAAGCCCCGCUAACUCCACAGACCUGUUUCCUGCUUCUUCCAAGAGUCAAAGUCAGGAGUCCAUCCUCUCUGAGAGUUGGGACAAAGACAGGAGCUGGUCAGCACUGCAAAUGUCCCCUGAGACGUCUUGCGCGGUGUCCCCGUGCUCCUCAGUGAGAUCUGGCAUGUUCACCCCCUCUGUUGUGCGAGUCAAGAGGCACUUCCUAGAACCUGGCUCCAGUUUAGUCCACAUGCCACCAACCUGCCUCUCACCAACUUGUUGUGCAAGUCCCUCCUCGUCCCCCUGUCCCCUGUCCCCCCGCUCCCGCCACAGGCCCCCUCCCACGCGGCUCUCCCUGCUAACUGCUAUCCUCCGAAAGGGCCGCCUGCCAGUCCUGUCCCCUACUCUGACUCUACAGAGACCCUACUCCCCCUGCUGGCCCAUUCACCAUGGGACUUCCUGUAACGCCUGCUCUGCAGCCUCCAGUGUGGCCUCUAUUCCUCUGGAGGUGUUCUCAUCCAGGGCCCAGUCCUCAGCCUCCAUACACAGCCCAGCUCAGAGUUACCAUCACAGGGAUGGAUGUGUGUUAGAGUCCCUUAGAUCUGUCAAUGCACCCCUGUCCAUAGAGUCUAAGGAGCUUUCCACCUCAUGGAGAAUGGUUGGCCCUCACAGCCCACCAUUAAGACACUCAGAAAAACUGAAAUCAAACAAUGGAAUUAUCUCUGAGAGGGUCACCUCCCCCUCUUAUCGAAGCCUUGUGGCAUCACCAGUCCCACCGUUCCCUCAAGCGUUCCCUCAAAACCUCCCCAAACCAGUAGACCACACCAAAGUUCCAAGUCCACCUCUGUACUCAUCUCACUCACGAUUCAGACGUCUGUUUCCUGAACCACUCGACAACUCAGUUAACUCAAGACUUAACUCACUGUCGCCUGAGCCGAAACCAGUUAAGAACCAGGGGGCUUCUGUGCCCCAAGAUUCAAAUCAACCCCUGUAUUCGUCAGACUCAAGACUUAAAUGUCUGUCUCCUAAUCCAGCUCACAACCAGGGGACCUCUGCAUGUCAACCUCUUUACUCAUCCUUCUCAAAGCUCAGCUCAUCGCCUCCCGGAAUAGUAAACUCCUCAUCAAACUCAACACUCGACUCACUGUCUCCCGGACCAGUAAACACCUCUUCAAACUCAACACUUGACACACUGUCUUCUGAACCUAAACCAGUUAGCAAGAACAUUGUACAAGCUCUGAAUUCUCACCUACAAUCAAAGCUCACCUUUCUGUCUUCUGCACCUGCUAAUAACCAGGAGACCUUUAAGGCCCUCGAUACGUCUACACCUGAAGUUUCCUCCAUGGGAACCUCUAACAAUCGGGGGAUUUCUAUGGGGACCCUUAACACACGGGGGACCGCAAGGCCCCAAGUUUGGAGUCCACUGUCCUACUCAUGUCUUUCCAGGUCUCCUAAACCUCUCUCUCUCUCCUGCUGUGCCCCAGAGGGCCAUCUUUCUGCCUCAUCCCACUCACCCAGUGGCAUAGUUUCCUCUGCACAGAGGUACACAGAUACAAUAUCACCAACCCCAUCACAGAACGGCCUGAAAACACCUCCACACUCGAUGCUGCAACUCGGUGUCUCCCCAGCUCACAGAGCUUUCCACCUCACUCCCACCCUCUACACACCCCCAGGAUGUCCAUCCCCUAAGCCCCCCACUCCCCCUUCUACACCUGACCGUUUCACCCUCUCCCCUUCUCCGGCGCCCCUGACCCGCGACCUUACUCCGUCUCCCUCUCUCUCCCUGCGCUCUACGCCCUCUCCAUGCCUAUGGAGGGAGAUGUCAGACUCCAUUGAUACAAAAAGAAAGCCACACAAGAUCAAGUUAAGCUAUAAAGCCCUCGCUGCAAUUCCCACAAACAUCGUUCUAUUGGACCAGCAGGCAAUUGAUGAUCAAGUGCACAAAGAAGGAGAUUCACAGGACCCAGUGGACAGACGUAAGAAAGAGGACACACAUGCAGAGAUGUGUUCCCCUGCACAGUUGCGAAAGCAGUCAGAAGAUCUGUACGCUGUCAUAGACGAAGUGUUAGAGGACCCCAUUCCAAUGCGCCAAGCAUCUCCCGCUCUCGCAUACUCCAGGGAAUCAAUGGACAAAUGUGCACCAAAGCGAUACACCUCAUUGCCAAGGUCAUUGGGACGUGAAACGAAAUAUGCAACCUUCAACCUACAACGGUCUGUUGAGAGAAAACUGGCAGACACCUAUAAGACCAAGCCUGGCGUAAUUCGACCUGCCAAUAUUAUCCCAAGAUUGCCAGAGGAAAAUGAUGAUGAAGCGUUUCAUCCAAACCCCUUCAAACAAUAUCUGGACGAGUUGACUGUCAAUGACCAGAACAAGUCUACUCACCCGUUUGUGACAAUCCAUGAGAAUGAGGCGCUGAUGUCCAAAAAGCUUGAUAACACACUUUGGGGAAAGAUGGGGGCAGAUGGCAGCAUAAGCUCUGGCAACCUGGCCUCGAACACAGAGAGGAACAGUGAGAAUAACUCAAUAACAGAAGAGGAAGACAAUAUCAUCAUCUCCUCACUGCUGAUGACUGAAUCUGAGGAGCCGAAAGCCAACCCUGCAAAAGAUGGAUCCUGGCAAGGUGGCGCGACCUCUUUCAACCUUACCAAGGUAAAGAUGGAAGCCUUUGAGACACACAUUUAAUUGUUUGUGACAUAAAUGGAUGACAAAACAGAACGGGGUAGAGAUUAAGGCAACACUUUAUUUUAAGUUUAAUAAACCACUUAAAACAUUUAUAAGGCAUUUAUGAAGUGUGUUAACCAUUUAUUAAUCAUUACUCCCACAUUUAUAAACCUUUUACUAAUCAUUAGGUAUUAAGUCAUUUUUCAGCCCCUAAUCUGAAGUGAGUGCUAUUUAAGCUUUACAUAUACCUUAUAAAUGUUUUGAGUGACCAGUGUAAUUUCUCACAAAAAGAUGGGCAUGCCAUUGGUAGACAUUCCAGCAGUACCUGGUAAAAUAAUAAGCGCACAACACAGGAUAUUUGCUACCAUUUAUGUUUAUGUUUAUAUUAAUAAAUGGUGAGUACUGUUUGUAAUCGCAUUAUAAAUAGUUUAUAAAUGCCUUAUUAAUGGUUUAUUACGGACCUUUCAAAUAAAGUGUUACAGAGAGUCAUUCCCUGUAGUAUUGACAAAGAGGGCUCCUGAUCAUUAUGUGUGACCGCAUGCAAUACAUUCAACUGCUUUUGCUAUUGUAUAAACAUUUAUGGAAUGCACCAUUUUUCUGGAGAUUGUGAAACUUCAUGCUCCACUGGGAUGAAAGAGAAUCCUUUUUGAAGUGAUUGAUAUAAUUACUUAAUCAUUCUGACUUGUAUUUUGGGAUAAAUUAGUUUGUUCCAACAUUGAAUAAAACAUUUUGUCAUCUUUUCAAAAAGUUUGUUUGAUUACUGACCUUUUUAAUACAUGCGAAUAAACAUUUCAUUAUACAUAAUGCAA